AUAGAUUCUUUCAUUGCAAAUCGCUUCCGAAAACUUUGUCGGCAGUUCGAUAACUUAGGGCACACUGCACGCUUACAUUUUAUUUGGCUGUCGAGUAAUGUAUACAAAAUAAGCGGCGGCUAUUUUGUGUUUUUUAAUGAAACUCAGUGGGUUACGAUGAGCACGAACGUUGUUGCGAGCAUGGAGGAGAAGGCGCUGGUCGACGACUUGCCGUACUUCCCGGAAAAAUUUCCGGGCAAAGUGUGCUGCUUGUGCCACUUAGGAGAAAAGAGUGCCUUGGGCCAGGGCGAGAUUCUUCAGCUGAAGGGACCCGCGCCCGUUGAACUCAGGGAUAAAUACCCAGCGGAUCGGCUAAAGGAAGAUGGAUCCAGGAUGCACUACGGCCUGAAACAGGCCCCUUUCAGCGGGGGCGAGUGCCACUACGAGUUGGACAAGAUCGGACAGCUGGAGGUGGUGCACCCCACCGAGUUUCUGGACGAGGGCUUCGUUUACGUGCACCGCAUGUGCAUAAUGUGGUCACUGCGAAAGAGCCAACUGAGCGACGCGGACACUGCGUACUUUGCCAUCCACUUUGGCGAGUUUCUGGAGCAGAAAUGCAAUUUUUGCGGUCGCUAUGGGGCCUCCGUCAACUGCAAGAUGAACUGCCGCCAGGUCCAUCACUGGCCAUGCGCUGCCGCCGCCGGGUGCCUUCUCAUCCUGGAGAGCUUUACGGUCUUCUGCACGGAGCAUUUGAGCCAAGUGCCUGUUAUAUGUAAGUGGUCAGUUUCUAAUCUCCCCCAGAGGUUAAUGGUUCGACUUGCAGGCAGCGAUAACAACGUGGAAUGCCUAUCGUGCUCCUCGCUAGGCGACCUUUCCAAACUAAUUAUGUGUAGUACCUGCGGGGAUCACUUCCACUCAACUUGUAUUGGUCUGGCCAAUCUGCCGGGUAAGAAAUGUCAAAUAUUCGAUCCUCUAAAUAUCACGAUAACCGCUCCUUUACUAGAUACCCGGUCUGGGUGGAACUGCGCCCGCUGCACCAAGUGUCAGAUUUGCAGGCAGCAGGACUCGAACGACACCAAGUAUGUCAAGUGUGAGCAGUGCCAAAAGAUCUAUCAUGCCUCUUGCCUGCGACCUGUUAUUUCAGCAAUUCCGAAAUACGGCUGGAAGUGCAACCGUUGUCGCGUCUGCACAGACUGCGGCUCGAGAACUCCUGGUGGCGGGAGUUCAUCCCGCUGGCACAGUCACUACACAAUAUGUGAUUCUUGUUAUCAGCAGCGGAACAAGGGUUUUUCGUGCCCUAUUUGCCAGAAGGCAUACAGAGCAGCUUCCCACAAGGAAAUGGUCAAGUGCAGUUGGUGCCACAAAUUUGUGCACAGUACAUGUGACGAGGAGGCGGAUUUAACAGCUUACCACAAAAAGAAGGAGCAAAACCCUGACUAUGAUUACGUGUGCCCCAAUUGUAAGAGUAAUUCAUCGAGUUCAGGGCAAUCGCAACAAGCAAUCGACUCAAUCGUGUUGUCCGCCAUGGAUUCGUCUUCUGAGCAACUGAACCUCAAGGAAAUAGAACUAGACCCGCUGGAGGGCAAACCCUUACUGGAUCCAUCUAGCGAUGAGUUACCGAAGUUGCCCACCGUCAAGAAAAAAGUGUGGCUUUCAAAUGUACGCGGCAGAAGCGGAAAGUUCGUUUUGCACCGCAUGGGUGUCAUGUCGCAAAUCAACAAAAAGCGCAGCACGCGUGGUAAGGGACGCCAGCUCGUUCUGCCAAACAUCCCAAGCGAUCGAUGCCUCAGUCGCACCAUGGACACUGAUUUAACGAGCGACAAAAAACUGCUGCUCUGUUCGGCGCGGGACAAGUUCAUUCAAGCCCAGGACAUCUGCGUGAUGUGUGGUUCGCUUGGCAUCGAGAGCGAUUCAGCGAUGAUCACCUGUGCCCAGUGUGGCCAAUGCUAUCACCCUUAUUGCGCCGGGGUCAAACCAUCGCGGGGCAUUCUUUUGAAAGGCUGGCGUUGUCUGGACUGCACUGUGUGCGAGGGAUGUGGCAAGAAGAACGACGAGGCCCGUCUUCUCCUGUGCGACGAAUGCGAUAUUUCUUACCACAUCUACUGUGUGAAUCCUCCACUUGAAACAGUGCCCACAGGCAACUGGAAAUGCUCGUUCUGCACGUUGUGCCAAAAAUGCGGACGCAAUCCGACAGAGAAGAACGAGUUCGGAGACUCGAACAUGGUAGAGUGCCUGCCCUGCUCCAGUCAAUCGUCUUGUUUCGUGUGCAAGAAUUCGUACGCCAACGGCGAGAUGAUCAUCCAAUGCGAGCAGUGUGAGCUCUGGUCGCACUUUUUUUGCGACACCAUCAACGCCCAGCUAACCAUAGAUUAUUACGACAAUAAUGUGUACAAGUGCCUGAAGUGUCGCUGCUCCACGAAGAGCCCGUUGACCGUUUUAGAUGCCAAGUUUUGCAAUGACGACACACUUGCCAUCGGUUCCCAGUCCAGCAAAGCAUUGGUGCAGAUAACAGCCUCCGGAUCCAGUUUCGAUGCGAAGAGCGGCAUCGAGCGGUCUCAUCUUUCCUUGUCCGGCGAUUUGCCAGAUGCUGCCCCAGAGGCCCUCCAUUGGAUUGACGGCGUGUGCCUUAGCGAGAGCGGAUUGGGCAUGAUCAAGUCACUGUCCACGGAGAUCAAGCGGAAGCGCAAGAUGCGACAGCCCAUUGGCAACGGAAAGGACGGACUGCCGGAUGGCGGCGCUGAAGAGACCCUUGAGAAGUACAAGGACGGAAUGAUCUGGGAUGGAACGGAGAACGCAAUUCCCGAGGGCUUCACCAUCUCCACCAACGACGAGGGAGUUCAUAUUUUACGUAAAAAGCGACAACGCAAUCUGCAGAAGUUGGGCAUUGGAGGGUUCUCCGUUCGCAAUCGCGGUCUAAAAAAGGAAAGUGAGGAGACGACGGCGGCUGAUCAGUUAAAUUCGAUGAUGGCCAUGGACAAAAAGAAGAAAAUCAUACGGAAAAAGCAAAAAAACAAGCUCAUUGAAGCCUAUCCUGUCUAUCUGCAAGAGGCGUUCUUUGGAAAGCCUCUUCUGGAAGGUGGCGAACUUAUCAUGGCCGAAUCGGAUUCUUCUGACGAAAUCGAUGCUUCCAUGAAGGUAUAUUUCACCCGACCCGAAGGCAAGAGCCCUGCUUACCAAGAGUCUGCCACGGUGAAUAAGAGUCCAGCAAAGUCCCUAAAGAAAGUCAAAUCUGAGCAGAAAACCGACAAUAAGACCGUAUUCAUUGAGCAAAUGCCAAUGGCUAAUCAGCAAAAAAACGCAAUUGCGCCUACUUCGAAUGUGUUUGAUCCUUUACAUACGGAAAUCUCAAACACAGUGUUUGCCAAUAGACACCCCUUGGACAUUUUGGCUUCACCAAAUAUUUCAGAACUAGACCCAGCAAACCCAGUAAAUGCGGUUCCAUCAUCAGAAAUUAUUGAAAAGCCAAUGCGGGAGUCGCCAGUAAUGUUGGUCGAUAAUUACAUGGUGCCUAACCAGUUGCCUCAGGAUCAAAAGUUUCAUAACCAGCUUUACUUGCCGGGAAAUAUUUCGGUGAAUUCCGCACAACAGCUUCACUUCCGUCAGCAGACAGAUCAGUUAAAGGCACAAAAUGUUAAUAAGCAAAAUUUGCAAACUAUGAUGGGGCAAGUAGUUUUGGAAUCCCAAAAGAGACCAGAGGAUGAGCCCAAGGUUGCGGAACCCGUCACAGAAAAUUUAAAUGCUGGCACUCAAAAGACAGCAGAGAAAAUGCGCAAGGACGAGGACCUUGGUCGAAUGGCUACCAUUUCUGCCGUUUUGUAUGCCAAUACGGAACAUCCGGACCUCAAGGACUUGUUCCCCAACUGGAAUGAUCGCUGCAAGCAAAUUUUAAAGAGGUGGCGUUCGCUGUGCAACGAGAAAAAGGCUCCGUUCCUGCAAAAGGCAAAGGACAAUCGCUCGGCUCUUCGGCAGAGGCGUGAGCAAAACAAGAUUCCAAUGCCUCCGAAACCACAAAAGCAGGAAGAAAUUGGGAGAGUGUGGAAACAGCAGCCUAAAUUGAAGGAGGAUCAACCGAACAUGUUUGUCACGUACAAUGGAAAUGCCUAUGGCGUAGCUACCUAUGUGGGUAACCAGGCGCAGCCAACGACCAAUAACCCUAAUCCGCAAAGUGUGAUGCCAAAUGUCAACGAUAAUUUGGUGAUAAAAGCCACGUCGCAAAGGACUCAGGUGCAUGCAACAGCAGCUGCAACUUUGAAAAUAACACCUGUGGACAAUCGACUGUCAUUAAAUACGGUUUAUGGAAACGAACCGAUCGGUGAUAAGAAGCUACGCAAUCUGCUGCAAAAGAACAGCACGGAACCGAUGCUAAUGGGAGCCAACUCUGACCUGUUCCUACCAAAUGAUGUCAUGCGGCUGGGCGUGAUGCAAAAUACCCCGAUAACCCAGAACAAUCCAAUGUUGAGCAUUAGUGGGAAAUCUCAGCCGCCUGAAGGCAGGGCCUUGGAGCAGGAUGUGAAGAUGACCGAGCCGCAGGAGGCCACAUCUUGUGCCGUGGAAUUGGAAAACGUUGGAUUUAGCGAUUUGCUAGGACUCGGCGAAGGCGACGAUGAUGACCUCCUGAAGUCCCUUACUUCUGAUAUCGGAGAUGACUUCAAUAUUUUGGAGUACGCGGACCCCGAGCUGGAUGUAAAUGUUCUUAACUCACUGGAUUUUGAUGACAAUGAAAAAUGUUCUACUUAGGAAAAGAGAAAUAAUUUAACUGGAAAUAAAAAAGAAUGCAAUACCUAAUAA